UACACCCUGAACAGGUUGCCAGCCAAUCGCAGGGCACGUACAAACAACCAGUCGCACUCACAUUCCCACCCACGGGCAAUUUAGAGUUGUCAAUUAACCUACCAUCCAUGUUUUUGGGACGUGGGAGGAAAACGGAGUGCCCGGAGAAAUCCCACGCAGGCACGGGGAGAACAUGCAAAGUCCACACAGGCGGGGCCAGGGAUGGAACCCCGGUUCUCAAAACUGUGAGGCAGACGCUCUAACCUGUCGUCCACCGUGCUGCCCAUUAUUGGUGCCUUCACAGAUAUGAUGAAGGCUGCGCUGCUGCUGCUCUUUGUUGCUCUCAUCACAGUCAAAGCCGUAGCUGGAGGGAAAAACAACAAAGAAAAAAUCAAACCUUCCCAGUCUGGGUUAGAUUGUACUGACUGGCGCUAUGGAAACUGUGUCCCUAGCAACGGAGACUGUGGUGCCGGGUUUAGGGAGGGGAUAUGUAAUCAGCAGACCAAGAAAAUGAAAUGUAAAGUACCCUGCAACUGGAAAAAAAACUUUGGAGCUGACUGCAAGUAUAGGUUUGGAAGUUGGGGUGAUUGUGACCCGACUGCUGGCGUCCAGGCCAGAAGCGGGACCUUGAAGAAGGCGCUGUAUAAUGCUGAGUGCCUGCAGACCAUUUCCGUCACCAAACCUUGCGUUGGCAAAACCAAGACAAAAAGCAAAGGAAAGAAGAAAAAAGGCAGUGGACAGUAGAUGCAAGAGAGGAAUUUCUGGGGACAGACACAAGGAUCUUUAUCAAUACAUUUUGUGAACCAUAUCAACUCUGGCAUUUGGACGUUUAUAGAACUAAACUAGUUUUGUUUGUAGACUUUCUCAAAAUAUGACUCUAAUUUUGAUGUAGAAAGUAGAAAAUACUCCAUUGUAAAUCUCUUCUGAAUCUGAUGUUAUCAAUAUGGUCCAAGGAUCAUCCUGCUAUUAUUAUCUAGUCAUCAGUAAUUAGCAUUAGUGCACUGCAAUAGCAGAUUCCACUAAACUAUAAUGUGUACACAUUUUCAAAUAAUAAUGUUAUUUUUCAAAUCAUUGAUAAAAAAUAAUAAUAAAGACCAAGGUCAUAUUUCAACUAAAUGUUAUUUGUGUUAUUCUUUAGAUUUUUCUGGGAAUAAAACAUUUGCUGAUUUGAACCCCGGUCCCCACAACUGUGAGGCAGAUGUGCUCAAUCAAUCAUCCAUCCAUCCAUUUUCUGAGCCGCUUCUCCUCACUAGGGUCGCGGGCAUGCUGGAGCCUAUCCCAGCUAUCAUCGGGCAGGAGGCGGGGUACACCCUGAACUGGUUGCCAGCCAAUCGCAGGGCACAUAGAAACAAACAACCAUUCGCACACACAUUCACACCUACGGGCAAUUUAGAGUCUCCAAUUCAUGCAUGUUUUUGGGAUGUGGGAGGAAACCGGAGUGCCCGGAGAAAAGCCACGCAGGCACGGGGAGAACAUGCAAACUCCACACAGGCGGGGCUGGGAUUUAAACCCCGGCCCCCAGAACUGUGAGGCAGAAUUGCAGUACAUAAACAGUGUAAAUAUAAAAGCUGGUGUGCAUGACAGACAGGAUUCCCCAAAAGUAAACUGUGGAAAAAAUAGAUAUUUUUUUUUUUAAAGCUUUGACUGAACAAACUGGGAAGAACAACAGAAGAACAAGUGAGGCAGGGAUGGGACUACUAUCACACAGAUUGCCUGGCAGAGUUUACACAACUCACAGCGCACUUGAUCUCAAUACUACUCAAUGGGACCUUGACAAAAAAAAAAUAUUUAAAAACUAUAAUUAAACAACCAUCUUUAGGUUCAUAAGAGGAUUCAAAUAUUAGAAACAGCUCUGAGUAACGGCCUAUUUUUGGGCAGGUAAAUGUCCAUGUAUUGUAUCUCCUACCACUAUACAAUCUCUCGAGAUUUUCACAGGCUAUUUGUGGAUUGUUGUGCACUAAAAUACCUAAUGCCCUUUUCAAAUGAAUGAAAGCAAAAAUCACAAGAGACCAGUAGUUUUCAUAUGACUUUAUAAUUUCACUAGUUUUUCAACAUUAUUUCUCUUUUGAUCAAAUGACAAAGAGUGGUCCAAGUUCAUUCAUUCAUUCAUUUUCCGUACCGCUUCUCCUCACUAGGGUCGCGGGCGUGCUGGAGCCUAUCCCAGCUAUCUUUGGGCGAGAGGCGGGGUACACCCUGAACCGGUCGCCAGCCAAUCGCAGGUGGUCCAAGUUAGCUUCACAAAAUGUCAAAACAUGCACAGUUUGUAUUAGUGCUAUUACUUUUAUUCCAACAGGACAAAACAUUUUCCUGUACAGUACAGUAUUUAAUUGUAAUGAUCGGGAUUGAGCCCUUACAUAUUGUUCAUAUAGUAUGUUUUGUCAGUUUUUACUGCAGCCAAGAAUAUCCUCAAAACCCUUGUCUAUAACAAAUGAUCUUUAUAACAGAUCUUUUCAAAAUGUAUUACUAGCCUGUCUGACGUGAAUUCUUAAUCAAUGUUUCAGAGAAGAGGGCAAGUAUAUUUUUUAUGAGUGACACAGGAUUGACCCAUGUUUCUGGGGCCUUUUCAAAUGUGGUGAGGACACACACAGACAGUUCUUGGGACUGUUUUAAGCUCUCUCUUUGAACGCUGUUGUCACCGCCCCAUACAAAAGACUCACAUCGAUGACAUGUUCACUUUCACAGUUUAAAGAUCCUCACCAUUACCACCAUUUUGCUUGAUUUAACACACUUUGAUGCAUUCACAAUCGCUUUUAGGAGACACGAGUCAAAUUUGACCGAGAAGCGAUGAGGGAUGAGCGAGAAGGCUGCACAAAGGAAUUAUGAUCGAGGAACCACUGAUGUUUCCUUUCUGGAAGGCUUUUAGCUCCUUGACAGUGACGUGUAAAAUGGCCGUACGCCAGCUGGAUUGCAAACAAAGCAGGACUUAGCACAUUUUGCUGGCUCUCUGUUUUAUUUGGGAAGUAUUAACGACUAACAUGAAUGGAUUACACUGGUUCAUGGUCCUUAUGCAAUGAAAGUCUGCAAUUAGGAUGCAAUGUUGUCAAAUACAUUUAGCAACAUCGAGAAAAUAAAAAUGUCCCCAAAGGUUUUGAUGAUUGUGCAGUAUCUGUGCAUUGAAUGUAAUGCAAUUUUUACAGUUGUUUCUGUUGCUUGUGUUAGUCUUAAUAAUGCUACAAAUGUAAAUGUAUUGUUUUCAAUUUGUCAA